AUGACAUCGCUAUUUGGAAAAACUCCUUCUUUUGGAGGUACCAGUACGACUUCAACUUCGACUUCUGGUAUUGGUGGUAGUACUUCUACUGGUUUGUUUGGCAAUACAUCUGGUACCACUAAUACAACAUCCGGAAGUCUAUUUGGUUCCAAUACUGGUACAUCUACUGGUACUGGUUUGUUUGGUACAACUACAAACAAUACAACGGGUGGUUUAUUUGGUUCUUCUUCUACCACCACUGCUCCAUCUACUAGUUUGUUUGGAAACACUAGUGGCACUACCACGUCAUCAAAUCUAUUCGGUUCUACAAAUACAACAAACACAAACCUAUUCGGAAGUACUACUGCUACUAAUCAAACAAGCAAUCUUACACAGAAGCCAAAUUUCAUAAAUGCUAGAUCUACAGUGAGACAGCUAACUACGAUCGUGCCAGAAUGGAAGGGACAAUUUGACGUUGCAGAUAUCCUGCUGGUCAUACAGGAAAAAACCCUAAACAGUAUCAUGGGACUAAUUCAACAGUUGGAUUCCUUAGAUACUCAGUGCGUAACUCUGAGUGAUAAAGUGAAAAAUACCUUGAAUGAUAUAAAGCUGCAGCAGGACAAGUUUCAUAAUAAGGUUAAGGAAAAGUGUUCAAAACAGGACACCCAAAAUUUAAUAUCAAUAAAGGCAAGAAGACUGGCCGAUGUUCUUUUAUCCGAACCCGCAAACAGUUCUAAUAUCGUAACAAGUUUCAAGGUUCCCAAUCACCUAAAUGUUCAGAUGUCCAAGGAACUUUUAGAGAAAACUAGGCUUCUCAAGGAUGAAAUACAGCUUAUACAGAAUAUUGUUCAAUCGUUGAAAAACAUUGAUGUAAAAAAGGCGUCUAAAUUCAUAGAAGACGUUUUAGAUAGUCAGCGUCAGCGAAUUACAUUGAUUGGUGAUCGCAUUUCUAAAUUGUUGGAGCGUGCUGAUGCUAUAGUACAUAAGGAUUCUAAGAAGGAUAUUUGGGCAAAUAUAACCCCCGAGACCAGCAAGCUCAAGAGAAGUUUUAUGGAAGCUGUGGGAUUACCAACUGAAAAACCAUGCGAAAAAUCGGAUACAUCGUCAAAAUCUGAUAUAAAGAGGAAAAUUGAAUAUUUAAAAAGAUUUAACACGGCAUAUAAGGAUUCCAAAUUUGUCGCACUUAAGGAUAGUAGAUAUAAUAUUAAAGAUCUGGUUACUGGCCCUGAUUUGACUUCAACUUCGACUUCUGGUAUUGGUGGUAGUACUUCUACUGGUUUGUUUGGCAAUACAUCUGGUACCACUAAUACAACAUCCGGAAGUCUAUUUGGUUCCAAUACUGGUACAUCUACUGGUACUGGUUUGUUUGGUACAACUACAAACAAUACAACGGGUGGUUUAUUUGGUUCUUCUUCUACCACCACUGCUCCAUCUACUAGUUUGUUUGGAAACACUAGUGGCACUACCACGUCAUCAAAUCUAUUCGGUUCUACAAAUACAACAAACACAACCUCCAAUCUAUUUGGAAAUACUACACAAAAUACAAACACAAACCUAUUCGGAAGUACUAAUUCAAAGAGUCUGUUUGGUUCCACAAGUACUAGUACUAAUACUGGUGGUAGCCUCUUUGGGUCAUCUAGCACGAACACGGGCUCAAGCACAUCGACUGGAACAGCUCUGGCCAUAUACCAGCCAAACUCCACCAGCAGCCUUUUCGGAUCCUCCACUAGCAAACUUGGGCGUUAA